UGACCCGAGUUUGACGCUCCGUGCGGAAACCUGCGACGCGCGCGUGGCAGCGGCGGACUGGAGGACACGCGCGGCAUGUGAAUGAUCCGACGCGCCGCGCCGCACACAUCGCGACACUGGAGUUUGAAUCCGACGGCCGCUCGACGCGUGUUUACCGAUGCUCGGCGCUGAAGUGGUCAUGUUGAGUGUUUGCGCUCUGCUGCUGCUGGCGGCUCUCGGCUCAGACUCGGAUGCACAGAGACCCCAACACGACUCCAACCUGGAGAUCUAUAAGCGUCUGUUCGAGAGCAAGAGGAAGGAUCAGCUGAAUGCGCUGAAGAACCUGGUGGAGCUCAACGACGUCAACCAGCAGUACAAGAUCAUCGACAUCAUGCUGAAGGGCCUCUUUAAGGUGCUGGAGGACUCCAGAGCCGUUCUUAUAGCCGCUAACAUGCAGCCGGAUGAUCCGUUCCCACUCGACGACAAAAUUAAAGAAGCAUACUCUCACGUGGUGGAGAACACGGCGUUCUUCGGAGACGUGGCUCUGCGUUUCCCGCGCAUCGUCCAUCACUACUACGAUCGUAACGCGGACUGGAGUCGUCUGCUGCACUGGGGUCUCCGCUUCUGCAACCAGACGGGCGUCUUCAGCGGAGGAGCCCAUCAACAUGUGCUCACGCUGAUGUCACAGGAGCUGGGAAUCACAGAGAAAUCUACAGACUUCGUCAAUCCGUAUCGCACCGAACGAGACGACGUGCUGCACACGGCCGAGGCCUUCCAGAAGAUUCUGCGUGAGGAAGAGAAGAGGAGGAGGAAGGAGGAGAAGAGGAAAGAGAUCCGUAAAGGGCCGCGGAUCUCUCGCUCUCACACCGAAUUAUAGAUCUGACUGAAGAUCAGCCGUUUACACUCAAUCAGGGAGCCCUGCUGAAUCUGCCACGGGCGUCGACGACGUUUACAGGUUUCAGAACGAGACUGUUUUAACUCUGUCUGAUUUAGGAGGAUCUUCAUUAGAUUCACUGCUGGAGAUGUGAGUGUGUGUUUAGUGCUAUUGGGUUGAGGGGAGGAGUCAGGGUGGUGGGAGGAGUCUAUGGGGCGAGGUCACUAUAGCGUUUACAGUAGAGUAGGGAUGUAACGAUUCACUCAACUCAU